AUGACCUCGCACAGCCCAAAGUCGUCGCCGACUCUCCACAUCAACAAGUGGUCCGAGCAGCAGGUUGCCGACUGGCUCUCCACCAUCGGCCUCGCCAAGUAUGGUCGUGACUUUAUCUCCAAUGGCAUCACCGGCGAUGUCCUCGUGCUCCUCGACGAUGAAGCACUCAAGGACAUCGGCGUCGUCACCAUCGGCCAGCGUCUGGCUAUGCUCUCCGCCAUCUACCGUCUCAAGACCCAGUUCGGCAUCCCCAUCCACGACGGAGACUGGCUUCCCAAAGCUGUAGAGGCCCAAGAGCACGCAUCCGACACACUCAGCACAGCCCACAUGGCGUCAGCGCUACGUCAACGUGACGAUCGCAUCCGUCUUCUCGAGUCGCAGAUCCUCCGUCUCGCAGACUACCUGGCACGCUUUCAGCAGGACAUGGCCUCGGUCGCAAGGCAAGUCGGCGUCAAGGCGCACUCCAUCGACACCCCCAUCACGCUCGUCUCCAACUCGCUCCACUCGCAGCAUACAUCCGAUUCCGGCGUCAGUGGAAUGUCGGCAUAUGCUUCCAAUCCCGACCUGGGAUCCACUGCUUCAUCCAGCCUCCCGCUAGAGUCGCCCACCUCGCGCAACUUCACCGGCCUCGUCUCGCCAACCCGCUCCGGCUUCACCUAUCCCGCUGGUCACGCUAUGAGCGGAUUCAAGCCCGCCACCGUCACCUCGGCCAGGUCCGACAGCAUCGGUGCCAACUCGCCCAUGACUCCCACGACCACCGUGCAUCCCCAUCCGCCGACUAGCACUGGCGCACCAGCAGGUGCUUCGGACCUCUCGCCCACACAGUCUACGCCAUCAGCCACCCCGACCUCGCUCGGCUCUUACUCGGGUUUCCCUCAGCAGGGUUCGCAAACCCAUCAGCAGCAACUCCCUUCGAGUGCCGGUGCCGGCUCCAUGGUCAGCCCCACGCGUCGUUUGGCCCAUCAGCAUGCCAUCUCGCAGUCCGACGCUGCGGGUCCAUCGAGACCGCGCGCCGGCUCCUUGGGUGCUUCGAAUGCGCUUUCGUCUGCUGCGGCCUCUCCUUUUGCUCCUGCAAGCACCAACGGCCUCAGCACAAAUGGCGCUCCGGUCUCCUCGACAGACCGCGAGGAUCGCAAGGAUGCUGCGCUGGCAGAUUCGAACGAGCCCAAGCCGAAAGCGACCACGUCAGCUGGGUCAUCCACCGCAGCCAGCGCACCAGUCUCGGCCUCGGCUACCUCGAGUUCGUCCGACAGCAACCCGUACAAGUCGUUCCGCGUCACGCUGGACGACCCCUGCUAUAAGGUGCUGCCUGCAGCGCUCAAAAAGUACAAGAUCAACGACGACUGGCGCAAGUAUGCGCUCUUCAUCUGCUACGGCAAGACGGAGCGAUGCCUCAGCUACGACGAGAAGCCGCUGCUGCUCUUCCAGAAGCUCAAGGAGAACGAGCAGAGCCCCGUGUUCAUGCUUCGCCACAUCCGCGAUGUCAAGUCGCCCAUCGCCAUCGCCGAGGCCAAGGCGGCGUCCAAGCUGCAAGAGCGCGAUGGCGAUGCUGCAGCCAACGUCAAGAAGCGCACGGCGGCCAGGACCGAUCGACGUCGCAUCAUCGCAGGCACGCCGCCGCCUGGUGCGCUCGUUGGCAAUACCUCGAAUCCCGUCGAAGUGGGCCCUGCAGCGGAGCUUCCGGAACGCAACAAGACGGCGAGGACGUACGCCGUGGCCAUCUACCCGUACAUGCCCGAGCGCGAUGACGAGUUUGAUGUCAAUGUGGGCGACACGUUCAUCGUGAUCAACAAGGCCAAGGGAUGGUGGAUCGUUCAGAGAGACGCCGGAGGCGAUGGAUCGGGCGACGUCGUGUACAGCGUUCCGGUGGGCGAGGGCGGGCCGACCGAUGACGAUAGCACGACGACGUACUCCAACUACCGCGCAGAGUACGCGUCAGGCUGGGUGCCUGCCGGAUGUCUGCUCGAGACGAGCCGACCACUGGGCAGCAUUGUGGACGCUGAGGUCAUCUCGUCGCGGUCGCGCUCCGGGCCGAGCACCAUCUCGAAUCCGAGCACGCCGACGGUAUUGACCAUGGGCGGCGACGGCACACGCAUGGAUGCCAAGCGGGCUGCGAUUCCGCCGGCGCUCAUCACGAGCACGAGCACGCCCGGUGUGAUGCUGAUGGACUACCAGAGCGCCGAAGGCGACCUGGAUCUGAGGAAGGACGAGCGAUUGCGCGUGUUCAAGCGCUACAACCACUGGUCGUACUGCGUGCAGGAACGCGACGGCCAUGCGCGCGGCUGGGUGCCCAGCUGGUACAUCGGAAAGCUUUCGCCCAGCGCCAGCGCCAGUGCGACGUCGGCAAGUGGCGGCCGCGAUGCUCUGUCCAAGGUCGGCUCGAACAAUGCGCUGUCUCCAUCGGCCACCGGCAACGGCAGCAACAUGGAUCUGCGCGCGGCGCAGCUGAAUGCCGACCGUGGCAUCGGGUCGCCGUCGUACGACCCUUCGGCUGGUUCGGCUCAGGAUCAUGCCAGCGCAGCCGCACCUGCCAUCGCCUCGUCGUAG